AUGGUCAUGAUACAGUUCACCAUGGCAAUGGAGAUCAAAUGCUUAUUUCCUAUACGGUUUCAAAGUGAUGGUGGCAAAGAAUAUGAUAACGAGGCAUUUCGAGCACCCUGCUCCUCUUAUGGAAUUCAUCAUCGCUUUUCUUGCCCUCAUACUCCUCAACAUAAUGACCUUGCUGAACCCAAGCACCGUCACAUUGCUGACAUGUCUCGCACUCUUCUUCUCUCGACUCCCCAGCCCACUGUUGAUAGGUAUACUUCUGAUUCUGGUUCGCAUGUUGUUGUGUGUCAUCCUAUGCUUACUAGCUACCAGGCUGGUACUUUUCACCCUCGAGUUCAUACUAACGGCACCAUUCGGUAUCCUAUUCCCAGUGCUUUGUUGUCUCAUGCUUCUCUUACUCCCGAAGAACCAACUUGUUUCUCGCAGGUUGUUCAUUUUCCUGAAUGGCGUGAGGCCAUGGUUAUUGAAUUUAAUGCUCUUCUCAAGAAUCAGACAUCGGUUCUUAUUCCUCCUUCUCAGCAACAAGUGGUUGGAUGUAAGUGGGUUUUUAAGCUUAAACGGAAGUCAGAUGGGUUUAUUGAGAAGUACAAGGCUUGCCUUAUUGCUAAGGGGUUCCAUCAACAACCUGGUAUUGAUUUUGAUGAGACUUUUAGUCCUGUGGUGAAGCCCACAACAGUUCGAACCAUUCUAGCUCUGGCAGUUUCCUUUGGUUGGCCUCUUCGUCAACUGGAUGUGAAGAAUGCAUUUCUUCAUGGUUAUUUAGACAUUAUUGUUUUUAUGUCUCAACCUCCAGGGUUCGUUGACCCAACUCGCCCUACUGAUGUAUGUCGGCUUCAUAAAGCCAUUUCUGGUCUCAAGCAGGCUCCUCGUGCUUGGUUUCAGCGACAUAGUGGCUUUUUACUCCAAUUUGGGUUUGUUCAGAGUCGAGCCGAUCCCUAUUUAUUUAUCUUUGGCCAUUCUUAUGACAUUAUGGUUCUCUGCUUGUAUGUUGAAAAUAUUGCUCUGACAGGGAAUCAGCCAUUUCUCAUCUCCUCAUUUGUUCUUACACUUGGUCAAGAGUUUGAACUUACUGAUAUGGGUCCAUUCUCUUAUUUCUUGGGGAUUGAAGCCACCUCUACCAUCUCUGGCCUCCUUCUCUCACAAACCAAAUAUAUUGUUGAUCUUCUCAAACGACAUUCCAUGACUGAUUGUAAGCCUUGUAGUACUCUGAUUUGUGCAUCUCGUCAGCUAUCCUCUCUUGCUAGUGAGUUACUUUCUGAUGCAAUUGAGUAUAGGCAGCUUGUGGGCUCCCUUCAAUAUCUCACUUUCACUAAACCCGACAUGUCCUUUGAUGUUCAUCAUAUUGUUCAGUUUAUGAGCGCUCCUCGUUCUCCUCACUUGGUUGCAGCUAAGCGUAUUCUUCAUUAUUUGAAUAGCACUCUUGGUUUUAGUCUUUCCUUUAGUCGAUCUCCGAAGAGCACUCUUAGUUUUGGUCUUUCCUUUCGUCGAUCUCCGAGCCCCUUUACUCUUCGUGGUUUCUCUGGUUCUGAUUGGGCUGGUUGUCCUGAUACUCAUUGUUCGACCACUGGUUUUUGUGUGUUUGUUGGUUCCAAUCUUAUUUCUUGGUGUGCUAAGAAACAAUUGACAGUUUCUUACUCCUUUGCUGAGGCUGAAUAUUGUUCUCUAGCUCAUGUUUGUGCAGAUACUACAUGGAUCUCUCAUCUCCUUCAUGAGUUGGCACUUCCUCCUUCUGUACCAACCUUAUUGUUGUGUGACAAUCUCGGCACUAUCUAUAUGGCUUCCAAUUCGAUGUUUCAUGCUCGCCCUAAACAUAUUGAACUCAAUUACCACUUCAUUUGGGAGCGCAUUAUCUCUGGCUCUCACCGAGUUCAAUUUGUUUCCUCUUCUGAUCAGUUCGCUGACAUCCUCACCAAGGGCCUUUCUACACAUCGUUUCCAACUCCUUCGUUCAAAUCUCGUCUCUUCCACAUCAUCAGAUUUUGGGGGGGAGUGUUAG